CGAUCCCUAUUGCUUGCUGAGGCACCAUGAUGUUGAGCAAGCGAAGUGCGGCCAAGGCGGCGGCAGCGAAGCGCGCUCUGGAGGAAGCCGCGGCCGAGGAAACAGUGCAGCAUGAACAGAAGAAGGCCAAAGUCGUGUGCGCCGCUUCGUUUACCGCGCAUGGCAUGAGCGAGCACAUGACCCCAUCUGGCGUCCACGUGGCGCAUUUGUUUUCAUCGCUCGAAUUUAGCUUGACCACAAUGGCGCUGUACCAUCGUACAGCGAGUUUCUCGUUGAUCAAGGCUGCGGUCGAGUCGUCGUGCAAGUGCUCCUUUACAGAGUCGGACCUCGCACGGAUUGUCGCAGUGUUCCCCGCUGCAUACGACUUGUCCUUUACCAAGCCCGCGAACAACGUGACUCGUCCGGAGUGGGUCAUCCAGCCCACAUCCACAUCAUACAACGCGCGCAUGAACGAGUUUUGUGCAAAUUUGAACAAACUGCUCGCUGACCACUUGGCAAGAACCCCCAAUGCGUCCAAGGAGGUUUCAUUGGACUUGGAUAUACCCGAGGCAGCGCUGCCUUCGUUGGAGGAAGCGGUCGGCCCGACUCCCAUGGCUCAGCUGCGGGAGCAAGAGCAUCGCCAUGCCGCGACAUUAACGCCACUAGAGCAAGCAACUUACCUCGCCAAGCCAGUGCCAAAAGAGCUGCAGGGCUUGCCAGCGUGGCUCGUGGACAAGGUGCGGACCGCCGAGUGGCGCAAGAAGGCGCUUACAACCAAGGUUGCCAGUGGCGACCGAUUGCUCGCGACGUUGCCGACCUUGUGCGACCAAAUUCAAGCGUUCGCGUCGUUCACCGGCAAGUCUGCAUUUGACCAGGAGACGCUCGUAAAGGAGCUGAACAAGGCGCCGAUGCCCGAAAAAAUCAAAGACCAAAUUGCACUGGUGGCCGAGAAGGUUCCUUUCUGGCUCACGGUCGUGCCUCAUGGCAAGGCCUACGUCGUGAGGCUAAACUCCAAGCAAAACUACCGCGUUGUCAGGCAAGUACUGACCAACUUAACUGUGUAAAGAAGCCCAGCCGAAGACGCAUCCACCGUCUUCAACAUCCCAAGCUUACCAUGGCAUCGAGUUGUACAUCCAAGUUGAGCUGGGAAGGAUCGCAUGUCUAUUCCCUUUCAGCUGUAGCCGAUGGAUUCGGUUUUCAAUUCGGCCGUGGCGUUGUUCAGAACAUUGUGUGGUUUUGAUCGGGA